AUGGAGAACACCGACGAGGCCAUCGCCAUCGUGGGCAUGUCGUGCCGACUGCCCGGCGAGGCGUCGAGUCUGGACGACUUCUGGAGGCUGAUGUGUCGUAGCCGCAGCGGCUGGUCGACGAUCCCCGAGGACCGCUUCAGCAAGGACGCGUAUCACCAUCCCAGCGCCGAAAGGACGGGCGGUAUCAACUCGGAGGGAGGAUACUUUCUGAAAGAAGACCUCUCGUUAUUCGACGCGCCGUUCUUUCGCAUCACGAAGGAGGAAGCUCAAGCCAUGGAUCCGCAGCAGCGCAUCCUCCUCGAAUGCGCCUACGAAGCCCUCGAAAACAGCGGCAGCCCGAUGGACCGGAUCGACGGCCGCAGGGUCGGCGUGUUCGUGGGCGCGGGGCCGUCUGACUAUCGCACGGCGAACAUGCGCGACCUCGACACGACGCCGACCUUCGACACAACCGGGAACCAGGAGGCCUUCAUGGCGGGACGGGUUUCGUACUUUUUCAACCUGAAGGGCCCGUCGCUGACCGUGGACACGGCGUGCUCGUCGAGCCUGUCUGCGCUGCAUCUGGCCGUGCAGAGUAUUCGCUCCGGGGAGUCGGAGCAGGCUAUUGUGGGCGCGAGCCAUGUGAACUUGUCGCCUGAUCACUGGGUUUCGAUGAGUAACUUGAGGUUGUUUUCUGAUGCCGGGAUAACCUAUGCCUUCGAUCACCGCGCCAAGUCUGGGUACGCAAGAGGUGAAGGUGGCGGAUGUCUGGUGUUGAAACCUCUUCAUCUCGCGUUGAAGGAUAAUGAUCGAAUUCGUGCUAUCGUCACCAACACGGGCAUCAACCACAACGGGACGACCGUCGGCAUAGUAGCCCCCAGCGCGGAGCAGCAGGAACGUCUCAUCACGGACACGUGCCGCGCGGCCAACGUGGACGUGAGAGACAUCGGUUUCCUCGAGGCACACGGGACCGGCACCCGAGUGGGCGACCCGAUUGAAGCGUUGGGGAUAUACAGAGCUAUCGCGAGCUUUCACCCACCGGGCCAACCGCUCCGCAUCGGUUCGGUCAAGACGAACGUGGGACACCUGGAGAAUGCGAGUGGUAUCGUGUCGGUCAUCAAAGCGGCCAUGAUGUUGGAGCGGGGGUUCAUACUUCCCAACCUCAAUUUCGAAAAGGCUAAUGACGAGAUACACAUGUCGGAGUGGAACUUGGAGGUACCGACCCGCCAGACGACAUGGCCCAGCGAUAAGAAAUACGCCUGCAUCAACAACUUCGGCUUCAGCGGCGUCAACGGCCAUUGUAUUCUCGAACGCCCGCCCCCGAUCGGACAGUUCCCUGGUGAACACCAAACAUGGGAGCCGAUAGAUAGGGUCUUUGUUCUCUCCGCUACCGACCGCAGCUCUCUCGAGGCCUCGAUGACGCAGCUCGGCAUCUUCCUCGAACAACACGCCGAGCUGUUCCAAGCCACCCUGGCGCAGAACCUGGCAUACACCCUCUGCCAACGUCGCUCCCACCUCCCAUGGCGAGCCGUGUUCGUCAGCAGGUCUUGUACGGAGCUGGUGCAGGUGCUGAACAAGCCGCCGGUUUCUUUGCAGUACGCACCUCGCAAGGCCCCGAAAGUAGCCUUCGUCUUCACGGGGCAAGGCGCUCAGUGGUAUGCGAUGGGCAGGGAGCUUCUUCAAUCGCAUCAGGUGUUUGCGUCAACACUGAAGAGGGCGGAUGAGCACCUCCUCUCUAUGGGGGCCAGCUUCUCAGUUUUGGAUGAGCUUCUUAAAGAUAAAGAAGCAUCUCAGGUCGGCUUGGCUUACGUUAGCCAGCCGGCUUGCACUGCAAUCCAGCUUGGUUUGACGGAUCUCUUAAGGUCUUGGGGAAUCGAGCCCUCGUCCGUGGUCGGCCAUUCGAGUGGUGAGAUCGCCGCUGCGUAUGCUGCAAAUGCCCUGACGCUGGAGUCGGCCAUGGAACUCGCAUAUUACAGGGGGCAGUGUGUCCUUCAACUGAAAAGAGAACAUCCUGAUCACAAGGGUGCCAUGAUGGCAGUGGGGCAAGGCGCGUCGUAUUUGAGAGAGUUGCUGUCGAGAGAGCAGUUCGGGGAUUCUGUUGUGGUUGCCUGCGAGAACUCACCGACUUCAACGACCCUCUCGGGAGACUCGGAGGCGAUCGCUCGACUGGCGCCCAUCCUCGAGCAGGAGAACAUGUUUAAUCGGGCACUGCAAGUUGAAGCUGCGUACCAUUCUCCGGCGAUGGCUUUGGUUGCUGAGUCUUACAAGAACGAUAUCGGACACAUCGAGCAUGUCUCUUCAUCCACCGAUGUCCAGUUCUUCUCUUCUUUGCAUUCUCACAGGAUCGACACUAGCGAACUCAACGCUAAAUACUGGACGGACAACCUGACGAACCCCGUGCGAUUUGCAACCGCGUUGAAAGAGCUCUACGUGGAAACCACUCCAGACAUCCUCAUCGAAGUAGGCCCUCACGCGGCGCUCCAAGGGCCCAUCAAGCAAACCCUGAAGGAAGUCGUAGGCAGCGCAGAGAUAACCUACUUCCCCACGCUGGUGAGAAACAAAAACGCCACGUCAACCUGCCUAGAUCUUGCCGGCAACCUCUUCACCCGGGGCGUGCCGCUCGACUUCUUCCAGAUUAACCACGUACGAGGCAUCACAGAAAAGCCUACGCUGGUCUCCGUCCUCCCGCCGUACCCGUGGUCCCGUCAAAAGUUCUGGCACGAAUCGCGAAUCAGCAGACAACACCGUCUGAAGCCUUUCCCCCGGAAUGACCUCCUCGGGACCUUUGCUGACUACUCGGACGACGUCAACCUCACCUGGAGGAACAUUGUACGUGUGGAGGACGCGAAGUGGCUCGUUGGCUGCAAACCCACUUCCGACAUGAUGGUCCCUGCAUCUGUAAUGGUGGCAAUGGCCGUAGAAGCAGCAGGCCAGCACGCCAAAGCCGCGGGUACGGAGGUGGAGAGUUUUACGGGACGUGAGAUUGAGAUGCCCGAGCCGCUGAUCUUGGAGGACGGGGCCGAAUAUGAUCUCGUCACGACCCUGAGUCCCAACAUCACGGACGCGCACGGUGCCUCGGGAUUCCGGAUCCGAUCGUGGGAGAGGAACCGCGGGUGGUUGGAUCACUGUCGUGGCCAAGUCACAACUCAUGAAAAACGAUUCUAUCCACCGCAGAGGCAGUCCGACCAGCCUGUAGUUCAAAUGACAUCUACACCUGAAGUGUUCAACUCCGAGACUGCCAUCUCCAAGGCCGAGUUCUACAAACAACUCCUCGGACAUGGGUGGCAGUAUCCGGAGCUAAUGAAGUGUGUAGAUGACGUCCAGGAAUCCGGCAGUAAAAUCACGGCUAACUGGGACGCGUCAAACCUGCUUUUGGCAGGACACACGAUGAAGCUGAAGUCCCCUUCCGCGGUUGAUCCGGAAGCACUCGAAUCGAUGCUUCAGCUGUCGUUAUUUGGCUUCAGUCGACAGAAAGUUCAUCCGGAUGCUCGCUACGGCCCAUACUACAUUCACGAGCUCUUCGUGGAUGCUCAGAUACUGCUUAAGGGCGAUAACAGGCACACCAUUGCUAUGGGUACAUCAGAUUUGGCGGGUCAACGGACUUUGAAUACCCAACUGGAGUGCUCUGAGCCUUCUGGUUCGAGUUUCACGUCUCUGUCGAUGGUCGGCAUAGAGAUGGCGCCGAUGAUGAACACGAUUUCGAUACCGAAGGAGCCGCCACGCCUGUGCCAUACCAUUCAAUGGGAACCUGCGGUCAAAGACGAAGAUACGAGUUAUAAAACAGACUCGUCCUUGAGCAGCUCAAAUCAGCUCUCCCAUCGUGAAAAAAUCAAGUUCCUCAUCAUUUCGGAGUGGGGCAGAUACCACUCCUUCAUCCUCGCGUUGGAAGAAGCUCUGACGUCCUCCUAUGGCGCGAACAUUGAGAUCUCCUCGCUGAUGGACGCUGAACCAGAUGGAAAAGUCUGUAUCUUCCUCUCAGAAAUGGACGACUUGAUUCUCUCCGGGCCGACCGAGGACCAAUUCCUCCAGAUUCAGCGAAUGCUCAUCAGCUCCUCCGCCUGUGUGUGGGUUGCACGUGGAGGGUAUAGACAUCCCGAGAGACCGCAUGCGAAUCUCUGCGCAGGGCUGCUCAGGACGCUACGCACCGAAUAUGAAGCAAAUGCGGCAUUGAUCGAACUGGAUCCGUCUUCAAGUCUGGGCUUCGAGGGGCAAUCGGGGUUAGUGGUCUCUGUUGUUCGGCGUCUUUUGGCGUUGGAGAGUACCGGCGACUUCGAGUACGCCGAGGACGACGGACAACUUGUGGUUCCGAGAAUUGUUGAGGAUAAGGAGACGAAUACGGUUGUUGGGCAACAGUUGAACCCCGAUGCGACUUUUGAGCAGGACUUCCACCAACCUGGUCGUUGUUUGGCACUCGGGGUUGGAAUACCUGGCGAUCUUGAAUCUCUUUAUUUCGACGACCUCUCUCAGCAAUCACCAAUCGACGACGAGAUCGAGAUUCAGGUCUCCGCGAGCGGUAUCAAUAACUCUGACAUUUCCAGUUUCACGAGAAAGUCGCUGCCGCGCCACGAUAUCGGCAGCCAAGUGGGCGGCAUCGUAUCUAAAGUAGGCAGCCACGUUACUCGCCUCUCCGUCGGGGACAAGGUAUGCGUCAUCACCAACCGAGCCUUUUGCACAUCUGUCACCUGCACUUCCGCCGCUGCGGCAAAGGUUCCGGAUUGGAUGAGCUUUGAUGAAGCUGCUUCAAUCCCCGUACCAUAUUGCACGGCGUCAUACGCCCUAGUUGAGGCGGCGAAUGUUCUCAAAGACGAGGUUGUCGUGAUACAGUGGACGGGAGACACCAGUCUUGCUGCAAUUCAGCUUGCCAAGAUCAUUGGUGCCGAUGUUUACGUUGCUGUCCAGAGCGAGGAUGACAGGGCUCGAAUCAUCGGAAUGGACUGCGUUAUCAAAGACGCACAGAUCUUCAACAGCCGGAGUCCUCACUUUGUUAAGGAACUCGAGAAUGCUACCAACGGUAGAGGUGCAGAUGUGAUUGUUGCCUUUUCCGGGCCAGGUCAGAGCACUAUGUGGUCUUGCAUUGCAGACUUUGGCCGUAUCGUCGAAGUAAAGACAUCGGUCGAGCAAAGGAGUCGUGGUAAGACGCACUUUGCCGACUUGAAGAGUAAUUGCACCUUCACUCAAGUCAAUCUCGAUAGCCUGGUGCGUUCGAGGCCGAAGAUUGUGGAGCGGGUGCUGCUUAGAGUCAUGAAACUCUUUCAAGAUCGAACAAUUGUCCCGAAAGCACCAGCUGUAUUCGGUAUAUCGGAAACCUUACAGGCGUUUCGGAAGGUAAUGGAUGAUGAGAAUACUAGCCCCGUUGUCGUGGCGAACCGGCCGGGUGAACGAGUCCAGGCUACGUCCCCGAGAUCCCUCGCAGCUUUUAGUCACUCUAAUUCCACUCACCUCAUCGUUGGUGGUAGUGGUGGCUUGGGACUUUGCGUCGCUCGCUGGAUGAUCCAGAACGGUGCCCGUUACAUCGUGUUGCUUUCACGGAGCGGAGGGACCAACGACAAGGUCCGAGAACUGAUGAAUGAGACCAAAUCACAAGGAGUAUCAGUUAUAGUCAAGAGUUGCGACGUCUCAAACGAAACGGAAGUUCAACAGGUGAUGCUCGAGUUGGCGAAAACCCUGCCACCGAUCCGCGGGGUGGUCCACGCUGCCAUGGUUUUGCGGGAUAUGCCCUUUGAGGAAAUGAAACUCGCAGACUACAACGAGGUCACACGGCCAAAGGUUGCCGGCGUCUGGAACAUACACAACGCACUCGGAAACACGAAACUACAAUACUUCGUCGUCCUUUCCUCGAUGGCUGGGGUCAUCGGGAGCAGAGGACAGGCCGCUUAUGCUGCUGCGAAUACCUUCUUAGAUUCCUUCGCCAGAUACCGUGUCCAGAACGGUCUUGCUGCAACUGCCGUCAGUCUCCCACCGGUUGUAGACGCGGGCUUCAUCCUGGAGCACCCUGAGCGAAAAGAGGCUAUACUCAGGAACUUUGGCGGCCAGAGCGUUGAGACCGAUGAAGUACUGGGCAUCCUGGGAGCCAUCCUCGCCGGUACUUCAACUGGACAAAACCAGGGCCACCUUAUGGUGGGACUCGACAGGAACUCAGACGCAGGGAACCGUCCCCCUUGCUACUCGAGAGACCUUCGGUUUCAAUCUCUCGCGAAGACGGAGCACACACUACCAGACAAGCCAGGGGCGGCAGCAAAAACACCACUUCAAAUUGUUAACGAAAGGAUCCACGACCAGUCCUUCGCAGCCGAGGCCAGGGCACUCAUUAGCCAAGAAAUACGGAUCAAGCUGUCAUCGAUUUUGAUGAGGCCGUUAGAGGAGAUUGAUUCUCACAGGAGCAUCACGGCGUAUGGCCUCGACUCACUCAAUGCUAUUGAGCUGAGGAACUGGAUUGCCAAGGAGCUGAGAGUGAACUUCCAGGUAUUGGAGCUCAUCACCAGCGAUUCCGUGGAUCACAUGUCGGAACUUAUUGUUGGGAAGAUGAUCCAGAGUAGCUAG